GAGGCGGCCAAAGGAACGACGUGACGGGCGGAGCAUGGCAUAAAAAAUAGAAUGAAAGGUCCGUAGGCGUGUACCUAUGCGUGAAAGGCUGGCCCCUGGGAGCAUCCGGCGUGACGUCGAUCUCCUGGUGGUCCCGGCGUUUUGUCUUUUUGCUCAUCAUUCGCAGCAUGUUUACGACAGAUACCUAGGUAGGGAGGUAUACUGCAGAUGGGCAGGUACCGUUCCGCCUUGGGCACGAUUUACUCCACUGGAAUGAGGGCUUGCGGCCAUCCGGCGGAAACCACCCAGCACAUACUAAUCUUUCCCAUCAGAAAAGGCCGGACAAUACCCCGUCCCAAACAUUGGAUCCGGAAGCGGUCAGCAAGCAGGCAGUCAGUCCCCUUGAGCGACGGCAGAGACACCCAUGUGAUGGCUAGCCACGUGGGACAGAAUCAAGGAAAGCACCUGAAAUGUCUAGAUAGACGUGUAGAGUUCAAGACGAAUAUGCAAACGAUGGAUCGAGCCGCAUUGUUGCAGGUUGGCACCCUUAAGCGUGACGGUGUUUGGGGCCACAGCGGCGGCGGCGGCGGCGGCGACGACCUUAUGAUUGAGCAGCCCGAAUUGCGUUCAACCUCAACUCAUCAUGGGCACUUUGACUCAAAUACAAAACCGCCUGUCUCUAGACACUCUCCCUCCCGGUUUGGCGCUUCCAACGGCCUCGAAACCCACCUAAGAAAACGUGAUGCCGUGCCUGUCACGUUGGCAAGCAGUCUGUAUUACUUUUCGUUCUGUUCCGGUCAUGCGAUGACUAGGUAGACAGAGGUCCAAUAAGAUGGCGCACGAGGCAGCACGAGGAUCGUGCUUCCCAGGUUCCCUGAA